AUGCCGAGGGGAGUUCCGCGCCGCGAUGGAGACAACGAGGGGAGCCCCGCGGAGGGAAAAAUGCGCCAGCGGUUCGGCCGAGACGAGGACUACCUGCUCGCGGUGCAGGUGAAGGAGGACACGCCGUUCAAGGCGCGGCACGGCGCGAUCGGAGAGACGUGGGACGGCGUCGCCGAGCGGCUCAACCAGCACCCGGACUUCCACAUGCGCCCGAUCAAGGGCACGACGGCCAAGACGCGCUUCGACACGCUGGUGCUGCGCCACCGCCUGUGGCAGCAGUCGGCCGAGACCGAGGGCGCGGAGGAACUCGACAGUCCCUAUCGCCUGCUGAUGAGCGAGUUGGUCAAGGAGAUUGACGAGCAUCCGAGGACGAACGCCCGCCACGGCUCCGACGAAGCUGCGGACAAUGGAGAGCUGCGAGGAGAACGAAAGGUGGAAGCCCCCGAACCACGGACCAGCUCGCGGCUCGGCAAGCGCCGUGCCAGCUCAGAAGCUGUUGAGCCUGAGUCGGAACGACGUGAAGUCUACGUGCUGCCUCGUCCUCGGUCGGAGCCAGAGCAGUUGCAGCCCGAUGACGCACACCUUGCUGAAACUACGGCGGAGCGCACAGAGGUAGUGGGGCUGCAGCAUGCACCCACACCAUCAUCUGCCCCUGCAUUUGCCUCAGUGGCUGCACCCCCACCUGCAGGGCAGAAACCGGUCACGGGGGACUUGGUUACCGCGCAGCAGGCCAUGGCAGAGCUGUUGAAGAUGCAGCACGCCUUCGCAGCACGGCCGAGCGAAGUGCGAGUCAUUGAGUUGGAAAAGAUGAACGAAGCCCGGCUCCGUGAAGAAGAGGAGAAGACCAAGCAGCGCGGACUCGAACUUCAAAUCGAAAUCCAGCGCACGAAGCGCCGACAGUUGGAGCUGGAGUUUGAGAGAGAGGAGCGACAGAAAGACCGCGAGGAGCAAGCCAAGUUGAUCGCCAGCCUGGUGCAGCGUCUCGAGCCCAAGAAAGACUAA